AUGCCGUCAUCCUCGUUGCUGACUCCGCAUAGAGCUACCAACGACAAUAGCAACAACGACGACGGACAAGACCAGAUCGGCUCCACCAGCUCCACGCCACCCGGAGCCACGACGCCAAAGCCUGAUCCGACGGAUAAGCGACUGCCGGGUAUUCUGCACAGUUACUUUGGCCAGGUUCGUGAUUCUCUUAUGCCCUCGCGGAAGUCGUUGUCUGCGGCCAGCCCCUCCCCCGCACCAGUUGCUUCUUCUGCGCAGAGCCACGUCGAGCCUGCGCCUGCACUUGCACCUGCACCGUCGGAUCUCCCAGAGAAGGAGCAACAAGAGUCAUCUACCCAUCCCAAGAUGCUGCCUAGCCCCACUCCCAGUGCAUCUUCCCGAACUCUUUCAACCUCGCAGUUGGCUGGUGAAGCGGAGAAGCUAACGCAAGGCGAUUAUGCGCCGUUGCAACAGGCAACACCUCCUCAGACGCCCCGCACACGCUCGCAAGAAACAAAGCCACAGCCAUCGAACCUGUCGCGGACCUCCAAUGCAUCAGACCAGUCCAAGGAAAGCAAGACGGCCCCCGUCGUCGCCCCAAAGGGCAAGCUUGCCGUCACAAUCUCCGAGGGAAGGGGCUUGGUGCCCAGCGUAGACCCGUAUGUCGUCUGCCAGUUCCAAUGGGCCGAGUACAUUUCAGACGGCCCUAGGCACGACGAGUCCAAAAAGGGCCGCCCGCCCAUCCAGAUGAAGCGAACAGAAAGUCAGAUGAACCACCCAAUGGCCAUCCCAAUGAAGAGCAGGCAAAGCAGCAACAGUGGCCACAGCUCCGACCCCCGCGAGAAUUCGUCGCUCGAGGAAGUCACCUGCCCCAAGUGGGAGCAUGAAGCCAUCUUUGAUGUUGUUGGUGACCAUGCCGAGGUCGAUGUCUCCGUCUACGACCGUGCCAACGGCGAGGCUUUCCUUGGCCACGUCCGCUUCUGCCCUAAUCUUGUCGAAUACAGCGAGCCUUAUGAUGGCUGGUUUCCACUCGAGCCUCGAGAGGGCGAAGGAGGUGUUGUCACGGGAGACAUCCACUUGAAGCUCAACUUCCAAAAGGUGGAAAAGAAGCACUAUGGUCCCGAAGACUUUGAAAUUCUCAAGCUCAUCGGAAAGGGCACAUUCGGCCAGGUCUUCCAGGUUCGCAAGCGAGACACUCGCCGAAUCUACGCCAUGAAGGUCCUAUCGAAGAAGGUGAUUGUCCAGAAGAAGGAGGUGGCGCACACACUUGGAGAACGCAACAUUCUCGUCCGGACAGCCAUGGCUGACUCGGCCUUUAUUGUUGGGCUCAAGUUCUCGUUCCAAACCCCCUCGGAUCUGUACUUUGUAACAGACUACAUGUCUGGAGGCGAACUUUUCUGGCACCUCCAGAGAGAGGGUCGUUUCCAGGAGGCACGUGCCAAGUUCUACAUUGCAGAGCUCAUCCUCGCACUGCAACAUUUGCACGAGCACAACAUUGUCUACCGCGACCUGAAGCCCGAGAACAUUCUUCUCGAUGCAAACGGCCACAUUGCCCUGUGCGACUUUGGCCUGUCCAAGGCCAAUCUUACCGAGAAUGCCACAACAAACACCUUCUGUGGCACAACCGAGUACCUUGCUCCCGAGGUGCUUUUGGACGAGCACGGCUACACAAAGAUGGUCGACUUUUGGUCUCUCGGUGUGCUAGUGUUUGAAAUGUGCUGCGGCUGGAGUCCCUUCUACGCAGAGGACACCCAGCAAAUGUACAAGAACAUUGCGUUUGGAAAGGUCAGGUUCCCUCGGGACGCCCUCAGCACCGAAGGUAGGAAUUUCGUCAAGGGACUUCUCAACAGGAACCCCAAGCACAGGCUCGGUGCUACACGCGAUGCCGAGGAGUUGAAGGACCACCCCUUCUUCGCCGAUAUCGACUGGGAUGCGCUGAGCAAGAAGAACGUGGUGCCGCCAUUCAAGCCCAAGCUCAAGGGAGAGCUGGAUGUGUCCAACUUUGACCCCGAGUUUACCAAUGCUCUCAAUGGCGCUGGCUCGUUGAACGCACGGGCUGCUGCUCUGGCAUCCGGCGUCAAUUCGGCAUCCACACCUCUUUCGCCCACAAUGCAAGCAAACUUUGCAGGCUUCACCUUCACCGACCAGAGUACAAUGGAGCAACAAUUUGGCCAUGACAGACACAGAAGCGACGGCAUGGAACGCAUGGACGAAGACGACACGGAUGACGUCAACUGGGACAGACCGGCCGGCCGCGGCGAUAGGAUGUCCGGCAUUGUUUCGAACAACGAACACGACGUGUUCAAUCACGGCCAGUUUGACGUCUGA